UUUGUAAACGAACAGUUUGUUGUGUAUGGAACGCGCAGCCAACAAAAACAACAUUUUAUCACAAUAUUGAUUCAGUGACUCAUUUUACUACGUUCAUUGUAGUCAUUUUCAAGCCCAUUGUUGAUAAGUCUUGUUGAGAUGAUGGAAUAUACAGAACGGGAUAGGCUUCUCGGAGGAGAGCCGGAAAGAUCCAGUGAAAUGGAAGCUGUUCCAGAGAAGGGACAUCAGAAUGCCAGAAGGAUUACACAGUACAUUGCAGCCCUUAUAGCUAUGGGCGGUGCGCUAUCUGCUGGUGCCGUUUUUGGUUGGAGUUCUCCAGCUCAGGUUCGCCUCACAAACCAAACAGAAUACGGUUUUCCCAUUAACGAUGAAGAAUGGUCAUGGGUCGGUUCGACAAUAACAUUAGGAGCUGCCUUUUCGUGUGCCAUAAUUGGAACAAUAAUAACGUUCUUCGGCAGGAAAAAUACGAUGUUAGGCUUAGUGGUUCCAUUUACUGUCGGUUGGGCGCUUGUUUGUUGGGCAAAUAGUGUUGCUAUGUUGCUAGUCGGCAGAAUAUUACUCGGAAUAUCUGGCGGUGCAUUCUUUGUGGUCGCUCCAAUGUACAUUGGCGAAAUAGCUGAAAAGGAAAUUCGAGGCGCAUUGGGCAGUUUUUUUCAAUUAAUGGUGACAACCGGAAUACUAUUUGUUUAUGCCGUUGGAUAUGAUCUGAACGUAUUUACAUUCAGUAUUAUUUGUGGAGUGUUACCUCUAGCUUUCGCUGCAGCUUUUGUUUUUAUGCCGGAGUCUCCGUUGUACUUAGUAUCAAAGAAUCGUAGUGAAGAUGCGAUUAAGUCUCUGAAGUGGCUUAGAGGGGAACACUACGACUACAAUCAUGAAUUGAACGAAUUGCAAAGCCAACACGAGGCCGACAUCAACAAUCGCAUUUCCAUUUUAACGGCACUCAAACGACGUGCUACAGUCAAAGCCUUGAUAAUUAUCGUGGGAUUGAUGUUCUUCUUGCAAUUGAGCGGAAUCAAUAUUGUGAUCUUCUACACUGGAUUCAUUUUCGACGCUGCCCACAUUGAUAUCAAAACCGAAUUGGCAACAAUAUUAAUUGGCAUUAUGCAGGUAGUUGCAACGUUCGUCGCUUCGAUGAUUGUUGACAAAACGGGACGUCGGGUGCUUCUAUUAAUUUCGAUCUCGGUAAUGGCUAUAUCGAAGAUUCUUCUCGGCGUUUACUUCUAUUUGUACAGCGAAGAUCCUGCAAGUGUCGAGAACUUGGGCUGGCUUCCGGUCUUCGCACUCUGUUUGUAUAUCAUUGUGUUUUCACUGGGCUUCGGACCAAUUCCAUGGUUAAUGGUUGGCGAACUAUUUGCUUCUGAUAUAAAAGGUAUCGGUGGAUCCGCAGCUGGAGCAUUUAGCUGGAUCUUUGCAUUCGUUGUUACAAAAACAUUUUCGAAUAUUCAAACAGCGAUUGGAAUCGGACCGACGUUCUUUCUGCUUAGUGGUUUUUCUAUCCUUGGAACUGUGUUUGUCUUCUUUGUAGUACCAGAGACUAAAGGAAAAUCGUUAGCUGAAAUCCAAACAAUGUUGGGUGGAACUGGAAAUUCCUCAUCGUCUGAUGAGGAUACAGAUGUGACCGUCAGUGUUAAUGAUGAGAGAUAGAUUGUGUUGUGACUUUGAAGGUAGAAACGUUGUUUUUUAUGUGGACAUUACCUCAAUGUGUGAAUUGUUUCAGAUGUGAUAAAUGAAGUAAGUUUAUUGAAGGCAAAAUUAUUCCUAAAGUCAAAAGCUUUUUUUUUUUUAAAUAUUUCUGUGCGUAAAUAUAUUUUGGUAUUAAACAUGUUUUUAAUCACAUGAAAAAAUGCAAGAAUAUCUAAGAUAAUCAAACUUUUUGUGCAAUCUUUGUCGUAAGUUACAUUUCAAAAUCAGAAAAGUUUUUCAAUUGUAUUUUUUCUUACCUUAUUGGUACACCUACCAAAGUUAAAAGAAUAAAAAUUAAUAUUUUUAA